CAGGAAGUGCAGCUCUGAAGGUCAACUCCUCGUUGACUAGGCCAGUAAGUUCUGCGCUUGUCAUCUUGUUUUGCAAAAUAAGCAUCGUCACUAAAUUCUUUUAUUUGGAAGGCUGUUUGUACAGAGUACAGUUAUGGCUUCGAUUGUAUGGAUGGAAGCAAAGUUGUUGUGAACUAAUAGCUAGUCUAGAAUGGAUCUGAUCAUGUUACUUACCUUACAAUCUACCUGUAGAUUAUUUCUAACGUUUACUGCUCUUUAGAAUGCGAAGUGGACCUAAGCGUAUCUCACUUAGCAUGCAUAAAAUCUUCUCAUUUUAAGUUAGAUUUUGGAGAUUAAGCAUAUAUUUCAAAGCGUCGUAUCUGUCUGAUGGAUAUUAGACCUAGCUAAAACACUGCCAGUUCGCCUACUGCCAAUUCAAGCUGGUAAAGGUGUCAGACAAUUCGACUUAAGCCAGAAAAAUCAACAUUAUUAGGGAAGAGAACCAGUGGAAGAACAAAAAGCUCAAGUUUUGUCCUAUCAGAAACUCAUAAGGGGUUGAAACGUGUAACUGUCAUUGCCUAGUCCCUGUAUGUGCAGCGUUUUUCAGUCCUUCUUGAUCAAUUCACUUUGGUGACGUAUCUGAGGCGAACGUGCAGGAAAUGCCUAGACAAAAACAAAAUGCAAAUGCAUGCGUGCCUUGCUUUUUGAAAUCUAAGAUGUUGUAAACAGCAGGAAAUUACAGUUUUUAAAAAUACCCCUUUGGAUAUUUGCGAUAUCGACUUUUGAUGACCAGCUUUGAAAAGUCAUCAGAAUGUUGUUCAAAGUCCUGUGAAGAUUGAUGUCUGCUCCUUCAAUAUCUCAUCAUUCCAACUGAACUAUCGGAGUUUGUAGCUCUUAACCCAUUUAAAUGACCACGUGAAUUUUCAAAGUAAAACAGAAGCUCCUAAGUAAAAACAAUACUUUAGUGACCCUCUGUGUAGUAAACUUAGAGUGCAAAUCUUGAAUAAUCAGAAAAAACACACUUUCAAAUAAACUUCAUUAGCGACAGGUUGAAGAGUGCUCAAAAACCAGGAGCCUACAAAAAGUGAACCCAAAAGUAAAAAUCCUUUGAAAUUUGCCGACAUUCGCAAAAAUGAUGUGUGUAAUAUGAGAAGCAUUAAAUUGCAUGAAAUUGAUGAUGUAGUCUCAGGAUCGUGUUUUGAGUUAAUGUUAUCAAUGAUAAAACACAAUUGUUAUUUGCGUAAUGUAGAGCAAGGUCCAGGUCAAGGGAUACUCCUAGUAAUUCUUGGUGGGGGUUCCCUUUGCAGCAGUUCUCCAAAUCCUGACCCUAUUUCAGACAAAAAAAUGCUAUUUUUUCACACCCAUUUUCAGUCCAGGCCUCCAAAAUCCAUACCUGUUUUCCAACCUCACCUGGAGAAUUUUUGUGAGGGUAUUGGAGGGGUUACAAACAUAACAUGCAUGUUUUUAUUAAAUCAUGCUAUCAUCACUUAGAUAAGACUGCCAACAACCAAAAAAAUUGUUAAAAUUCAGGUUGAAUGAUUAUUUUGGUUUUUACCUUACCGUCAAACUGGCAAAACCAUGAAUGCUUGAAAUAAUUAUUUCAGUAAAGUUUAUUGUAUUACGUCCAAUCACAGCAAAGAUCGGGACACGCAAACUAUCGGUAGCUACAAAACCACAAACUUAUUAACGUUCUUGCUUGUGGUUUAGUUUCUCAUGCCCGAUUGGCUUUUUUUUGGCAACAUAUUAACAUUCCAUAAAUAUUUCUGGUUUUUACAGUUUUCCCAGUUUGACUGUAAAAUGACAAAAUAAUACAAUACUUUAUUAUACAUUCUUGUGGCUCCCUUGAUUUCAAACCAAAAUGGGCAAAAUCUAUACCCUUUGGGACUUAUAUGGCACAUAUAUGGGAGUACCCCUCCCCCACCCCCCAGAGAAUGGUUUACAUUACAACUAUUUAAUAAGUUAUUCCAUAAAAAGAGGGUCUUCAGAGAUUACCAGUACAGUUGUAUUUACCUUACCUUUAAAAUUUAAACGUAGGUACAGUUAGUAGUUUUAUUGCUAUCCUAACCCUUGCACAUCUCACCUUUAUGAAGUUUUCUUGUUUUUAGGUAUUUGAAUUUCAUGGCAUGGUACAUGUAAUUUUGUGAUUGAUAUUAGACCAUGCUGAAGUUGACUGACUGCUAAGUCACUAUCAGUUUGCCUGGUGCCAAUUUGAUCAGCUUAAGUUGUUUUGCCUGCAGAUUCGACCUAAGAAACAGGGCAGAAAACCAGCAAAAAGAACUAAAUCUAAAUAAAUCAUCUAUAUAAAGUACUUACAAAAUACCUGAAAUGUUUUCAAACCCUCAGAUGCUGUCAGUUGUUCCAAGAGGGUGUCAUUUUGUUGCAUGAUAUUACAUUUGGAGGCCAGCAAACCAACAGUGAAAAGGCCAUUUCUGAGUUGCCUCAAGGCUCUGUUUCCAAGCGAGGCUAAGUGCAAGGCCAUUGAUAUGAAAAUGAUUUUUUAUUCUCAUGCAAAUAAAACUUAUUUUCACCACAAAGGUUUUGCAGUUAGCCUGGUGUUGAAAGUUAGAGUUUUUGGAGCUUGCAAAUGGCCUAAUAACAGGCAAAUUCAGCAUGGUUAUUACACUACAUUAUUUUCAUUGUAAGCAGAAAUGACAGUAUUACAUGUACAUGUAUAAACUCUGUACACUUUAUAGAUAAAAUAAUAUGAGCAGUAGAUCUGUUUGGGUGUUAGCAAUGGCUAGCCAAAGUUGAGCCAUCAUAAAGCCCAUAAUAGACAAACCUGUGCAAAUAUUUUAUCAUCCAUGUGAAAAUUUAAUCAAUCAGUAGAGAUCUGGAUCAAAAUAAAUUAGUUUACAGAGGUGUACAUGUGUCUCAAACACUACCUAUUGAUUGGUCAUACAUAACUUUGAAGUAUGGUUAGUGAAUUUUACAAAGUACGGUACAAAGUGCAGUAUAGUAGAUCAUCUCCAUUGAGGUACAUUAAGAAUUCAGACAGAAUCCAUCAGGAAAUUGCGCAAUUUUAAUUCUCAGUGGACGAAAACCUUGUACCACAAAAAUUUACAUAAUAUCCGGUCUUUUUUACGUUUUUCAAGGGCCAUAGAUGCAAUUAGUUAUCUGUAAUAACACCAAAGAAAAUUCCUUGUGAGAGCCCUAGAAAAUAAAUGUCAAAUUUCACAAAGUUAAUGACACGCCUUACUCAUGAAAUUUUCAGAGUUUUACCUGUGUUUCACAAUUCUUGUGAAAUUUGAUUAUGUUCUCAGGCACCCAUGAGAAGAAGUCUUUGGUGUUAAAAAUAUUACAGAUAACUUAUUAUAUCUAUAGCCCUUGAAAAAUGUGAAAGAGAGUGCAAUCUUGGUUAAAAUUUAAUCAUUUAACCAUUUAAUUAUUCUGGUAGAAGGUUUUUGCCCAGUGAAAAUUGAAAUUACUCAAUUUCCUGAUGGAUUUUGUCUUGAAUCUUCUUCAGUUUCUAGGAUUACUGGUCACAGCAACUAGAGGGCUUGCAAGUCAAGUAAAGGAAGCAGAAUUUGAGUUAUCAGUAAGUCAUGAAACAACUGAUAAUAAACCUCUACGAGAUAAAACCCCAGCAUAUUGAACAAAAUUCUUUGCCAAGUUGCGAUAUAUUGGCUUUCAUUCAUGGAGCAAGAUGCUGAGAUAAUGUUAUUUUUUGUUCUUGUAUGGGCACUUCGUUAUAUAUAGUAGAGUUCCACCACAUUUGACAUGGUGCUCAUGUGUAUUGUUUAACCUUCCACCAAUCCUGAAUGGAUGAGUGACAAGGGAUUUCAUCUUGGAGUUUGCAUAUCAUAUUCAGGCCUACAUCAUGAUCAGUGGCUUCUACUGGUAACUAAAUGCUUCAACUGUAUCUGCAUUGUCUCUUAAAAGUAUGAGACUAAUGUUCAUAGCUAAACGUUCAUGAGAGUCUCCUGUCAUGGUAAUGAAGGUAGCCUUAACAAAGCCAAGUGGUUUCCCCAUUUUUCUAGGUAAUGUUUUUCAAUGGUUUCUGAAUGUGAAAAUUUUAUUUGUACUAACUCUUUUUCACAAAGCUUGUGGGUGUCAUCUUUUUUGGUUUAUGUUUUUUUUCUAGAUGUGCGUGAAUAACAAUAAUAAUUAUUGUUAUUAUUGCGUAUAAUAGUAAUAAUAUUAUAAUAUUAUAAUAGUGCGUAUAAUGAUAAUGUAAUAUUGCUGUCUUUCAAGGAUUGCCCAAUACAUAGAUUGGACAGUGGUCCACCUAAGAAGGCUGUGUUGACCAGGGAAGAUGGCCUUACAUACUACAGACAAAUGCAGAUCAUUCGGAGAAUGGAAACGGCUGCAAGCAACCUGUACAAAUCCAAGGUUAUCAGAGGCUUCUGUCAUCUUUACUCAGGACAGGUAAGAUAUAUUAUUAUUCAUUCAAAAUAUUUCCCCUUUUUUAUGGGCUUCAAUCCCCCAGCUAAUUCUUCAUAACUAACUGGUGCUUACCUUAUUUGGAAGAUUCGAGCAAUAUACCAUUGAUUCAAUGGUCUAAAUUAGCCGAGUUGGCUAUAAUCAUCUCAUAUCCAACAAGCGGGAGUGGAAUAAUUGUUUUAUUAAAAAACCCCACAAAAUAUUGAGAAUUCUUACUGACUUUAUUAACAACAGAUUUUCAGCUUGUUUUAAAUUUUGAGCAGACACGUACAGGUACCUUAUUUGGAGAGCAUGGUAUAAUGGUUUUUAUUAAAAACUGAAUCAUUGGAUAAUGCAAUUCUAGAGCUCUGAUUGGCUUAGCCAUCAUGGUAUAUGAGGAACGUGUUGCUACUAAAGUGUUGCUACAAUUUUCUUUCAGGAAGCAUGUUGUAUUGGAAUGGAAGCUGCCAUUGACAAGGAUGAUAGUAUUAUUACCGCAUAUCGAUGUCAUGGCUGGACGUAUAUGAGAGGCGUGCCAGUUGCUGAGAUACUUUGUGAACUUGCCGGUAAGCACAACUUUUUUAAUAUUCCUUCCUUUUUUACAUAGUUGCACUUGAACAGACUUUUUCAGCCAAUUUGGAUUGCGCCAGGUAUUGCAUAUGAGGUGUUUGGUUGGAGCGUUAUCUGUAGCUGUUUGUGGGUCAAAUUUAUAAGAUUUGAGUUGGUGUGGUAACGUCCCGCUACAUAUUAUAUCCAAACCUGCUGAACAGACUAAAAAGAAUUUAAAAAAUUGCAUUCCCUCAAAUCUGAACCUUCCCAAACGAAAUGGUGCAAACCAUUUGAUUUUCCAAUUUGUGGGAUUUCCAGUUUUCCCAUAUAAACAUGGUAAGUACCCAAACUAUUAUUAUUAUUAUUUCUUGUUGAAGUUGGGGGGGGGGGGGGUGGGGGGUUAAAAAGUGCCUGGUAAGCAAGGUUGGGGAAGAGGAGGAGAAGCUGUAAAAGGGUUUGCUUUUUUAGGAAAUUCUCAAGGGGAGGAGAAAAAAAGGCGACAUUUGGACCAGGCGAUUUUAAUGAUAGAGAAAAGUUUUUCACCACCCCCACAAAAAAUAUAAAACAAACCCAAUGAAAAAAAAAAAAAAAAAUAAAAAAAUUUUCUUCCCAAAAAUCCACACCCACACAAAAAAAAUGGGAAAAACCUUUUUUUUUUUUAUUUUUUGGAUUUUCUUUUUUUCCCAAAAAAAAAUGUAAAAAACCAAAAUUUUUUUUUUUUUUUUUUUUUUUGGGGGGGGGGGGGGGGGGGUGGGGGGUUAACAAGUGCCUGGUAAGCCAUGUUUGGGAAGAUGACAAGAAGCUUGCAUAUGGUUUGCCUUUUUAGGAAACUCUCAAGGGGCAGUAGAAACAAGGCAGCAUUUUGACCAGGCGAUGUUAACUAUAGGCAAAAGUUCUACAAACUCCUUAGCUCCUCAGCCAAAACAGCAAAUGAAUUAUAACCUCUGAAAAGUUUUAUAGUGGAAAGUGCACUGUCUCACUGUUAGUAGCUUUAUACAUUGUACUUGAUUUCAGCUAGUUUACAGGCACUCCACUCAAGUAGGUAGAAGCAAGUAUUUCAAAUGUAACAUAACAGGAUUAAAACCCCUCAACUGGCGGGAGGCAACCAGUUGGCUAUUUACAAGCAAGGCUGAGGAUUUGCCAUGCUGCCUUCAUGAUAUACAGUGUAAGCCCAUUUGACAAAAAGACCACUAGACAUUUUGAUAGGAACGGUUUUUAAAGCUGUAUUUGAAGCUGCAAUGGCACCUUUCUACUAUGAUUUAACCCACAUCAAAAUGCAGUAGCAAAGAAUCCUGAAUUGAACUGAAUACAUGGCUUUAUCGCAAUUAUGCCACUAGACAGCCAACCACCUUGCCAAGAACUAAAAAAGGCAAUGAAAUGAACUUAAAAUCUGUGUUUAAAGAUUCUGGGGUAUGCAUUUACUUUUCGGAGAAGAGGUUAUGUUCUUAGCCAUACCUUUUUAUUACUCAAUACCAUCUGUGCUAAAGGUACAUCAUAUGGAUUAAGACUACAGCUAUAAUAAUUAUUGUUGGUUAUAAUAAAAUAGCAUUUUUUUUCACCUUCAGUUGAGUUUAGUUGGAAUUCAGUAAUAUUAUUGUUUGCUUUAAGGUCGCAAAACUGGGUGUUCCAAGGGCAAGGGUGGCUCUAUGCAUAUGUAUGGUCAUGAAUAUUAUGGUGGAAAUGGCAUAGUUGGAGCUCAGGUGAGUAUAAAUACAUGUAUAUAAUUUAUUAACUGUUCAUUGGGGAGCAUCCUACGUAUGGAGCCUAGUGCACUUUUAGAUGCUUCCCUCUCCUCCUACACUAAUUUUUUCAGUGUACCGGUAUAUGUUUAUACUUUUACUUACUGUAUUGGAGAAAACUGUAAUAAAUUUCUGUUUUUUAAUGGUAUUUUCUUUUAGAAGAACCACUCCUUGUUGUUCAGUUACAGUAGCUAUUCUAUUGAUUUGUUUAUGAAUGUGGUUCCAACAACAUUGAGUUGCCAUUUUUAUAGUCUUAAGUUUCUGUUUCAUCCAGACAAAAUAAUUACAAGAGAAACCUUAAAGCAAGUAACACAACCCAUGACACGGCCAGUAUAUGUACCUUAUGCAAGCGCACAGCAAAGCAUAAACUACAGGACGUAGGCUAUCGCUUGGUGUGAGUGAGUGACUUGCUUUAAGGUUUCUCAUUUCAAAUUGUAUUAACAAAUUAUAUGGUUUAAAGUUCACAUGAAGACGGUUAUUUUUGAAACACUUUAAAGGUUCCUCUAGGAGCUGGAAUUGCCCUUGCUCACAAAUACCGAGGGAAUGGUAAAAUUUGCAUUGCUCUUUAUGGAGAUGGUGCUGCAAAUCAAGGCCAGGUAAAGAUACUUUAUAGACGAUUUGAAUUUAUUCAUUUUAGUUUUCAAACAAUUUAACCUCUUGGAGGCGGACAGGGUUUUAAUAGAAGAAGUCUACUACUUAUGAAUCUACUUCAGGGUGAUGUUGGGACUUGAAUUUGUGACUUUUGGAUUGCAAGUCGGAUAUGCCAACAAGCUUCACAGCCUCCCACCUGCCUAGCCAGCAUUCAAAUAAUUGCAUCUAAGUUACAAUGUAAUGCCGAAAAUGUGGCUGUCGCAGUCACUGAAUGUACUGAGUAUUUUAAUGGUCUUAAAUUACACCAGCCCAUAUCAAAAGUGCAUACAUUUUCUAGUUUGAUUUAUAAGGUACACAGAGUUUUGUAGCUUGUAUAAAAUAUUUUGCUGUGUCAGUAGGGGCUUUACUGAUUAAGGACGUCUGGAAAAAAAAACUAAGGUUGAUAUUGUGGACUGACAUGACAUUGUCAAUAUUGAUUUAAAUUAUCAAUAUGGUAGACCAUUGUAUAGCUGUCUUUCUUGUUAUUGAUAACAUAAGGGGUACAGGAAUUUUCAAAAUUUCUAUGGUUAGUCUUGGUCUUGACAGACCUGUUAAAGAUGACCAAUCCUACAAGUGGACAAUUUUUCAAAAAUUUUCUGCCUCUAGACCGAAGCAUUUCAUUUUUGCUUUAAUCAAUUUUCCGGAAAUUUUUAGUGUAAUGGAAAGCACCUUAAAAAAUGCUAAAAAAAUACCUUAUGUGUGGCCAUAGGUGUUUGAAACUUACAAUAUGGCCAAACUGUGGGAUCUGCCCUGCAUCUUUGUUUGUGAAAACAAUGGAUAUGGAAUGGGUACAUCUGUUGAGCGAGCUGCUGCCACCACUGAAUAUCAUACAAGAGGAGAUUUCAUUCCUGGAAUUAAAGUUAGUAAACAAAUUUGACCACUUCUUUCCUUUUCGUCCUUACCUUUAAACAAGCUUCAUACAGAGUGUUGCAGAAUUCUUGAAAAGGUCAUAAAAUUUGCAAAGCACUUUUCCAGUCUGGAAAAUGCUAAAAACCAAAAAAAAGGUACAACAAGUGCUCAGUGUUGGAGUAAAAAAUUUCUCCCGUGGUCAAAUCGUAUACAAUCGCUGAAUGAGAAGUUUCCGCUUAAGUCUCUUAUUUCCUCAUUGCACAGUGCAUCACGAGAAAAUCCUUGGGUCAAUUUGAUAAAGCUUAUACACGUGUAAUUCACAAGAGUGGCUAUUGUUCUCAGACUGUAAAACAAUGGCUACACUUGUAAAUUACACGUGUAAAAGUUUUAUUCAAUUGACCCCUGGUGUCAGCGUUUCAAGGCCCGUUUUGAUCACCUAUUUGAUAGUCUUGAGUCUGGAAAAAGAAAUUGUCGUUUUCUUUUGGAAGAAAGGUGUGGAAAAAUUCUUAAUAUGUUGGUUCCAAAAAUUUGUACGAACCCUGUUUAAAGAUCAGAGAAAACUACUCGCCCACGACUUGUAUUUAAAGAGUUUUGAACAUUUUGACGUUAUUUCUUUGAUUUAUAAGAAGACAGUCAAUUGAAAGUUGUUGUCGGUUUGUUUGACAUUAUUUUUCUCGCUGAACUGAUUCUGGUUUACUCACUGAACAGGUCGAUGGUAUGGACAUUUUAACAGUGAGGGAGGCAACCAAGUUUGCAGCAGAUUUUACAAGAUCAGGAAAGGUACAAAGGACUAGACUAGACUGCUUCAAUCAUGUUCAAACUUUGUCAGAACGAUAAAGACGAUAAAAUAACGGGCAGAAAGAGGUGUACAGAUAAUGGAUAUAAGAGGGUGAGGGUUUGGACCUCGGGGCGGAGUUGCGGAGUUUCCUCGUAUAAAAUUUUGCUGACUAACCUUCCCCUCCGCCCCUCGGAUUUUAAAGUUUGCAAGUGUGUCUUCACCAUCACGUUUUUUGGAGAACGUAAACAAGCAACGUUUCUUUCUGAACUUGGAAAUGGUCCCUCGGAAUUCAACUUCAGGAGGUUCGCCUGCAUUUGACAGAGUAAGUGGGUAGGAAUAAUUGAGAUCAAACCUGAAAGAACGAAAGUUCACUUUUUAAGCGACGUUCUCGAUGACAUCGCGUCAUUGGAUCUUAAAGCUCCCAUUAUGUCGCCCAAUCUGUAUCGACUGAAGGAGUAAAAGAUUAACUAUAUUAAUUUAAAUCCGUUUUUACAUGUAUUUAUUUAUUUACAUACUUUUUUGGCAGGGCCCAAUCGUGAUGGAACUAACGACUUACCGUUAUUACGGGCAUAGCAUGAGCGACCCCGGCACAAGGUAUUUUGAAGAGGCUGUUUCCACAAAAUUGUAUUGUGUUUACACAUAAGGCACUCGAUAUGUAACCGUGUACAUUUUUAUUAGAUAUUUGGCGUUUUCCAGUACCACUUUUAAACAUGAGCGUAGCAGGGAGUCUUAGGUUUCAGUGAAGUGGAUUGCCUCAAAACUAACAGAAAACAUGCGCACGUAGGCUGCCCAAAUUAGUGUCCGAGCACCAGGUCUCGAGCUUGUACUCGGGCUCCGCCACCUUACUCCAAUUGUGACCAAAGGGUGAACAAAGUCUCAGAGUUUCACAGUACUCCUACACGAGCAAGCUUCCCUUGUCAAGGAAAAAAAUGUCCAGUUUUUGAAGUUGCUAGUGUAAUCAGCUUAACUUUAGCACUUAGGUUUAGUUACUCAAUUUGAGUAACCACAAAUUAGCAUAACUGUCAUCCAUGGACAUUACAGUUAGAACGAAGUCUUGUUGUAUCAUAAACAGAGCUACAACAAAAUAUUUCGCAGAACUUCUUAUUUGAAUGUUUUCACUUGAGGAAAUUACUCGGGCCUGGAGGUAUUCACCAAAACUCUGCUGGCUGAAAAAGUCUACAGUUUCUAACGAAAUAUAUUUUGUAUUUGUUCUUUGUUACAGCUACCGGUCACGUGACGAGGUGCAGUCAGUGCGUAAGACACGUGACCCAAUCUCUGGAUUACGUGAAAAACUGCUGGAUUCAGGGCUCGCGGACGUUGAUGACAUAAAGGUAAAAAGAUUGUGUCAUCUAGUGUACAGCACACCGCUCUUUCUGACAAAGAGCAGCGCUCGAAACUUCAGGGUUUUAACCUCUUUUGAGCCGCUUUCUUACUUAAGAAUAUCCUAAAGUAAAACGCUCUCUCGUGUUUGAAUAUUUAUUUUGUGUGUUUGCAAAAGUUCAUUUAAGUUUCAUAUUAAACAGUUAACAAUCGCUUCAUUAAUAUUAUUUGACUUAAUAUCAAAGCGUACAUUUUUUUUGAAAUUGUGCGCUGAUAGUAACAAAAGAAUUUGUAGCACUCAAAGUUUAACAUUUUGCUUUCCUUCAUUGAAAAUUUUAUUUUUACGUUUCUUUUUCAGAGCAUUGAGAACGAAGCUAAGCAAGAGGUAGAGGCAGCCGUGAAGGCUGCCCAAGGUGAUCCCGACCCUACCCUGGACGAUCUCUUCUUGGAUGUGUAUGCUGAUGAUAAUAUGGAUGGGCAUAAGAUACGGGGAUGUGAUAACUGGUCUAGAAAUGUUACCAAUUAAAUACGAGAUUUACUGCCUAUCAUGAGCGAGCUUGCGAGUUUUGCACGUUUGGUAGCUGAUUUAAGCCUUGACUAAACAACAGUAGCAUUCAAGAGAAAACGGUUUUGAUUUUUAUCAAAUUUAAUAGAAAGUUAAGUGAAAUUGAACUUCUUGGGAACCUUCGAGAGUUACUUAGGGUGAGUGAGACAUUUAGGCCAACCAACAGCGAGAUUUGUCUGAAGAAGGGAAUUAGCUGGGAAGCUGCAAUCUAACAAUUCGUUGCUAUUUUAAGGCUGGUUGCCUUACGAUCAAUGUGAUACAUGUUUAAGCGUCCGAUCGUAGUGGCCGUCUCGCUCGUAUGUAAGUAAGGCUCUAUAAUUUUUGAGAUAAAUUUUGACUGUGUGGACAAAGAAAAUAUCUGAGUAGCAAACAAGUUGCUUAGGGAGUAUCGAAGCAUAACAUUUUAUAAAAAUAUCUGACACUAUUAGUUGUUUACUUCUUAGUUAGUGCUUUCGCGUGCAUCUGUAAGCUUAAACACUGAUUUAGCAGGCGAAACACUGUUUAAUUAUAAUGCCAUUUAGAUUUCCUCAAAUUUGAAACCGGAAAAAUAAAGUUCCAGUGAGGGCAGGCACUAGGCUGCGAGCUGUUGUUUAAGUGAAGGUGAAAUGUGUUUGCAAAACACAAAACACGUGUCGAUGCAGAAAUUAUUUUUAUAACCGAUUUGAUUAUUGUUUGUGGUGAUUUUGUGGCAAUCUCGGUGAUCAAUUAAAACGAAUAUCCAAGUGAAUUAUGAUCGCAGCCUGUAUUAAGUACAGAUAUAAAACGUACCCUAAGCGGAGAGUCUGCUAUGCGACGGCAAUUUCUGUUUGAGUUGUAUGUAAUUGUUUACAGACUCUCCGCUUUCCCUACAAAAUUAGGUUAUUUUGUAAAUUUUGAGAAGUGGCGUUUUCUUUCUUUUUAUUGUGAUAAAUGAAAAGAAACGUUUAUGUAGCAAUGUCACUAUAUAUAUUAUUUCUGGAAGUUCAGCAUAACACUCUUUUGUUGCUACAACUAGUAACUUGCAAUGGUUCCAGAACAAGACUCGCGCUGUGUUAUUUAUAGACACAUAUCUAUGGUUUGGUUAGAAUAUAGGGGACAUAUGAGAAUCAGAAUUUUAGAAGAAGCUCUCGACUCAUUGCGUCGCCGCUGUAAACUGUUUAGUGUAAUUUAGGAAAUAAUGGAAAUAAAAGAGACUAGUCUGUUUCACGUAAAAA